AUGGAGGGAGAGGAGAACGGGACCCUGCACAUGUCCUGCGGCUCCAGCGAGCCGCCCUACGCGGAGGAGCUUCUCAGGAGCCUUGACCUACCAGGGAGAUUUCUCUUUGCAACCUUGACUCUGAUGACGCUCAUUGCCAUUCUGGUAUUUAUAGAGGAAGCAGUCUACAUCUACAGGAAAAUCCCCUCCUCCAAAAGAUCAAUCAUAAUUUGGAUUAAUGCUGCAGCUCCAGUGAUCUCUACUACUUCAUGCAUUGGCAUGUGGGUUCCUCGCUCAGCAAUGUUUACAGAUUUCACAGCAGGAAUAUUUUUUGCCAUAGUUAUCCACAAGUUCCUGAUGAUGAUGAUUAAAGAGUGUGGAGGCCAGAAGGUGCUCCUCAGACGGUUUGAAAAUGGUCACUUCACCAUCAGCACUGGCCCCUGCUGCUGCUGCUGCCUCUGCCUCCCUCGUGUGCCCAUCACCAGGAAAACCCUCUUUUGGCUGAAGCUGAGCACCUUUCAAUUUGCUGUCUUUCGGCCUGUGCUUGUAUUUUUAUCAAUAGUACUUUGGACUAAUGACAAUUACGUCCUAUACAAUUUGUCUCCCAAAGGACCUGCACUGUGGAUCAGCUGCUUCAUUGGUGCCCUCACCCUUUUUGCUCUGUGGGCAGUAGGAAUCAUGUUUCGAAAAGUUAGGAUUCUCCUUAAAUGUAAGAACAUUAUCCCAAAGUUUGCUCUUUAUCAGUUUAUUGUCAUUCUGAACCACCUGCAAAUCACUAUUAUCAACAUGCUCGCUACACAAAAAAUCAUUCCCUGUGCUCCACCACUCACCUCUACAGCAAGAGGAUCAUAUAUAGCCCAUCAGCUGCUCAUCAUGGAAAUGUUUCUGAUAACUGUAAUCUCUAGAGUGGUGUAUCGGAGAAAAUACCAUGACCUAGAGCCUCCAGAGUGUGUGGCUGAAGAACCCAGGGACAAGAAGCAGACUCCUAAGAUUAUCCUGAAUGGUGCAGCUGUUGAAGAUGGAUUGCCAAAGGUUUAGAAGCCUCCUGUGCUCCUGUUAUGCAGGAGCUGCAAGAUGAACUACAGGAAAUUGUAUAUUCUUGCAACAAAACCCACCACUGUCCAUGGUGGAACAACUUCUGGCAUAAAUGGCUGUGAGCUGCAGUGCUGAAGGGACCAGUAAAGAUAAUCCUGUUGAUUCUCCAGCAAUGCAUGCAUGGUGUGAGUCUUUUCACACCAUGUAAUCUACUAAAAUUUGAUACCAUUUUGUACUGUUACCAAGCACUUGAUCGUGUGCCAAACUGUCUUACAAUAUGAUUUUAUUUUUUAUCUAUUAGAAUGGCUAUGAUUUAGAGUUAAUUCAGAGUGAUUAUUUUUCAUAUUUUUUUACUUUUAAUUUUUUUUCACCCUGGAUUGCUGUCAUAUGUCCAACACAAAAUUUUUCCAUGCUUCCUGCCUUUCAACAGAUCAUCUCUCACUUGAAGCCACAAGCUCACCAUAUCUAAUUCUGUUCUGUAAAUACAGUCUCAUAUGUUUGUUCUGAAAUCCCCAAACUCAUGUGGGCUGCCCACCUACAGAAACAAUGAUCUCUCUAGGGCAAGACUUUCUACAUUCCUUGGCAAUUCACCUCCUAAACUGGUAAAUACAGAGUUACUGUUUGUAAAUAUGCCAGGCGUUCUUCCUGUGGACAGCAGGUUCUCUGUGGGUGGCCUGGAAAAGGAAAGUAGGAGUUAGAGUCUGGGAUGUCUUCUGCCACUGGUCUGUGGUGUUACG